GCCUGUCGUCUGCGAUGCUUCAGCCCUCAAGCUCAUUCUAACAGAAAUAUCCCAAGUUGCGACGGAGCCUCAGAGAUCGAGCUAGUCUCCCCACCUCCCGGCUUGCUCGGAAUUUGUGACUCGUGCUUUAGGGCAGAAACCGCGUGUCUGCUCGAAAUCACAAUCGAGUACACCGGCCUUCAUAUAAUCGCAGGCAAGUACAUCUCUUUACGCUUUGGAUUUAUUCCUUGUUUCCAGGCAGGGCUUCUCUGAUUUUUGAUUCGAGGACUCUCCAAGACCUCUGAACUUACAUUCCUCGUUGAAUUCUCGUACAUCUCAAAGCUAUUUUAAAUCAUGGAGAUAUACAGGUGCUUCACUAUCAUAGCAUUUAGCAUGCUGCAGCACUGAUUUCGUCUUGUAUUCGUAAGUUGUU